AUGAGGCAUUCUGAUCAAACUCUGUUAUUCGAUUCUUUCAUGAAUAGUCAUCAAGAUCAAUCUUUAAAUGUAAAUAAUUUAAAUGUCUUUAAAAAUAACAAUAAUAAUUAUAAUAAUAAUCAUAAUAAUAAUCACAAUGAGCAUAUUAUUAAUAAUAUUAAUGUUGUUAUUAAUAGUAAUGAUAAAAACCAUAAUAAAUUGAUUGAUAGAGAUAUUGCACCUACAACAAAUUUAAACGUGGAUAAUUGGUUGAAGGAAGAUAUGGACAUUUUUCAAUUAUAUAGUAAAGCUAAACAAAAUUUGAAUCAUAGUAAUAGAAUAUUAAAUCUAACUUGGAGAAGAUAUAAAGUUAGAUUAAAACAAAAUUGUGUAAAUGGCGGCAAUAAAAUAUCUCUAAUUGAUCGAUAUAGGGUAGAAAAUUCGUUCCUUUUUCAAGAGUCUUCUGUUUUAAAUCAGUUUGAUGCCAAUUCGGAAUACCCUCUUUUAAACCGACAAAAGUUCAGUAAUAUUAAUUACAAUAAUGGUUAUUCAAGUAAUCAUGAAAAUAAUAAUAACAUUUUCAUCAAUAAUGCUCAUUCAAUAGUUGAUACAAACUCAAAUUUUUUUAUAGAUGAUGAUAAUUUCAUCACUAGAGAUAACGAGUUUGAUAUGUUUACAGAAGAUCUUCCUUCUUCAGUACAUGAGACUUUAGUGACUCCCUUACCUAUGGAUAUACCACAAUCUUUACCCAAUCAUAUGCUUCAUUAUUCUAAUAGUUUCGAUCAAGAUCAUAUAUCUUCACCUUUCAUUUUCCAGUAUAUGACACCAUCAAGCUUAACUCCAACUCCAACAACCAGUUUUAUUCCUACUCCAUCUGUACCCUUGACCUCAACUACCAAAGCAGUAGUGUUUAACGAUCCCGCAAUUUUAAAUAAUGAGGAAACGAUAUCGAUUUCUUUACCUGAGACGAACGAUCUAUUAAAACAAAAGAAAUUUGGAGCAGCUGUUAUAUCGACAACGAAAAGACGGACAGCAACACGUAAUAAUAACAGCAAUUCUUCUUCUGCACUGACUAAAUGUUCUAAUUGUGAAACAUACAAUACACCGCUCUGGAGAAAGGGUCCUGAAGGUAAUUCUUUAUGCAACGCAUGUGGGUUAUUUUUGAAGUUGCAUGGGGUGAUGAGGCCAUUAUCCUUGAAGACCGAUACAAUUAAGAAGAGACAACGUAAUACGAAUUCUAAUAAUACAAAUAAUACAAAAAAAAACUACAACGUCAAAAAAGUUGUAGGUAAAGAUAAAAUCAAUCUAAAUUGGUUGAAUAUUAAUCUAUGA